UCCGGUUCUCAUCACCCCGGUCAUUUCUGCUUCUCCCUGGUUCUUUCACCCGGUCCGAGGUUCCGGAGCUCCGGUUGUGGGUUGUGGUGACGCAACCAGAGAACGGGCGGAAGGAGGCGCUGUCCCCGCCGCACAGACUUGGGUCCGCUGCUCAGCGACGCCGCCCGGGCUGCCCCGUGCCGAGACGGGGACCGCGGGUCCGCUCCGCCCACAGAGUCCGAUGGCGGCGGCCGCGCCCAGGGACCCGGCUCAGGGUGGUGUGACCUUUGAGGAUGUUGCUGUGUACUUCUCCCAGGAGGAAUGGAGUCUCCUUAAUGAGGCUCAGAGACGCCUGUACCAUGAUGUAAUGCUGGAGAACUUUGCACUUAUAUCCUCCCUGGGUUGCUGCUGUCGAGCAGAGGCUGUGGAGACACCCUUUGAACAGAGCAUUUCUGUAGGUGUAUCGCAGGCCAAGACUCCGAAGGAACCUCGGUCUUCCCAGAAGACCCACCCCUGUGAGAUGUGUGGUUCAGUCUUGAGAGAGAUUUUCUACUUGGUUGGGUACCAGGGAAAACAAAACAGCCAGAAACUGUUCAAGUAUGGGGCAUGUGUGAAACAAAUUUAUUCUAGUGCAGACCUUCAACAGCAUGAGAAGCAGCGCAUGGGAGAAAAACCCUUCAGAAGCCGUGUGGACAGGGCAUCAUUUGUGAAUAGCAGCAAUUUCCACGAUUCAGGAAAGCCCUUAACCUUUGAGGAGGUUGCGAAGGACUUCCUGGCCACCUCAGAACAUCUCCAACAACAGGCCACUCAUACAGGGGAGAAUAAAAUCAUUGAGUCUGGGGAGACUUUUCAAAGCAUAAAAAGUCAUCACACCUGGGAAGAAUGCAAGAAAGCCUUUGGUCCCAAACACACACUUGUUCAGGACCAGGGUAUCCACACUGGAAGACAGUGUUUUGUGUGCCCUGAAUGUAGAAAAACAUUCAGGUACAAAUCCUCACUUCUGAUUCAUCAGAGAGUCCACACUGGUGACAAACUUCAUGUGUGUAGUGACUGUGGAAAAUCCUUUAGGGGAAGCUCAACCCUCAGUCAGCAUCGAAGAAUUCAUACUGGGCCAAGGCAGUACAAAUGCAGCAAAUGUGGAAAAUCCUUUAGCCAAAAAUUUGUCCUCAUUUAUCCUCAGAGAAGUCACACUGGAGAAAAUGGUUACGUGUGCCAUGUAUGUGCUCAGUCUUUUAGCCAGAGCUCUAUCCUUAUUCAACAGCGUACAGUUCACACUGGAGAAAUGAGUUAUGAGUGCACUGAAUGUGGGAAAUGUUUUAGACGAAAAUCUGAUCUCAUUGAACAUUGGAGAGUACACACAGGAGAAAGACCUUAUGAAUGUAGUGAAUGUGGGAAAUCUUUUACUUCUAGCUCUGCGCUCCGUUAUCAUCAGAGAAUUCAUACUGGAGAAAAACCUUAUAAAUGUAGUGAAUGUGGGAAGUCUUUUACCUCUAGCUCUGGCCUCCGUUAUCAUCAGAGAAUUCACACAGGAGAAAGACCAUAUGAGUGUAAUGAUUGUGGGAAAUCUUUUACCCAAAUAAAUCACCUCAUUAUACACCGAAGAGUUCACACAGGAGAAAGGCCUUAUGAAUGCAGUGAAUGUGGGAAAUCUUUUAGCCACAAAUCUUACCUCUCUCAACACCAGAGAGUUCACACAGGGGAAAGGCCUUAUGAAUGUAGUGAAUGUGGAAAAUCUUUUACCUCUGGCUCUGCCCUCUGUUACCAUCAGAGAGUUCACACUGGAGAAAAACCUUAUGAAUGUAGUGAAUGUGGGAAAUCUUUUACCAAUGGCCCGAUACUUAUUCGACACCGUAGAGUUCACACAGGAGAAAGGCCUUAUGAGUGCAGUGAAUGUGGGAAAUCAUUUACCCAAAGAAAUCACCUCAAUAUACACCAGAGAGUUCACACAGGAGAAAGGCCUUAUGAGUGCAAUGAAUGUGGAAAAUCAUUUACAUCUGGCUCUGCUCUCCGUUACCAUCAGAAAGUUCACAUUGGAGAAAGGCCUUAUGAGUGCAGAGAAUGUGAGAAGUCUUUUACCUCUACCUCUGCCCUCCGAUGUCAUCAGAGAGUUCACACAGGAGAAAGGCCUUUUGACUGCAGUGAAUGUGGGAAAUCUUUUAGGGAUAGUUCCCAGUUGAAUCAACACCAGAGAGUUCACACUGGAGAAAAGCCUUAUGAAUGUAGUGAUUGUGGGAGAUCCUUUAGUCAGAAUUCAUACCUCUCUAAACACCGGAGAGUUCACACUGGAGAAAGGCCGUACGAGUGCAGUGAAUGUGGGAAAUCUUUUACUUCUGUCUCUGCCCUUGGUUAUCAUCAGAGAGUUCACACUGGAGAAAGGCCUUACGAGUGUAGUGAAUGUGGGAAAUCUUUUACCAAUAGCUCCAUACUGAUUCGGCAUCGCAGAGUUCACACAGGCGAAAGGCCACAUGAGUGCAGCGAAUGUGGGAAAUCCUUUACCCAAAGAAUUCACCUCAUUAUUCACCGAAGAGUUCACACAGGAGAAAGGCCUUUUGAGUGCAGUGAAUGUGGGAAAUCUUUUACCUCUCGUUCCACCUUGCAUUAUCAUCAGAGAGUUCACACGGGAGAGAGGCCUUACGACUGCAGUGAAUGUGGGAAAUCUUUUAGCCGAAAAUCUAAUCUUUCUCAGCAUCGGAGAGUUCACACCGGAGAAAGGCCUUAGUUGGGUAGGAAAUGUAUAGUCUCCUUGUUCAGUGUAAUGACACCAGAGGAUACUCUCUGUGAGGCAUCAUUUGUCUGAAUUCAAUCUACUACAUCCAAAUGCCGGUAGUGGAGAGAUUUCCCUUAAGUUUCAGUUACGUGGAAGCAUGUGUGGCUAUGUUGCAUUUUUUAAACUUCCCAGGGCUCUUUCCAGAUUAAUAUCACUGCCAGUCUGUGGCCAAAGCUAUGUAAUUCUACCACCUGGCAAGUCUCUACAACAUGCAUCAGUCGUACCCCACUGUGCUUAGGGAAGCUGACCUCUGUUCUCAUUUGUUGGAGGAAACUAGGAGUAACCUGAGUCCUUCAGGGGACCCACAUUUACUUUUUUCUGACUAAUUGGCAUGGACCUGAUGCAUAUUGUCCUAGAGAACAUCACAUGAGUUCAGCUGGCAGAGAAGGACCACCAUUUGCAGGGACAUGGUCUCUGGAGAUAUUUGUGAUUAAUUUUUCCGCCUUCCAAGUCACUAACUCAAGAACUAGUAGUCCCUAUUGCUUUGAUUUGUACAAUAACAAGUCCCUAUUGUUUAAGUCUUUAAUCUCGGGUGUUCUAUUUACCAUGUAUGGUGGUUUAUAAACAUUCUGAGGUCUCCAAGCAUGAAGGGGUGAACAACUUUCACUGGGGAGGGUCUUAAACUUUCUGUGCUUCAGGGGGACAGCACAGUGGCAGAAAUUAGCCUACUGCUUUUUGUCAGAUUUGUACUGCCCAUGGCCUCCUAGGAAAGACUGCAGGGAGGGCUUUCUGGUCCUCAUUUGAGACUAGAUGCUAUGAGUUUGGGGAGUGUCAGAGGUCACCGUGAGGAGGAUCAGGUGUGAGAACCUCAGGUGCUUCUGGGAGCAGCAUAAAUUUUUUCCCUCGUUCACAGAGGAUAUCACGGGGGAUGUCAGCACUGUUGAGGGGAACCUCUUCCCCAGGCCCUGCAAAGAGCCAUAUGCCCCGAUGUCCACAUUUCUGUAGGUGAUGGUCAUUGGUUGUAAGGCCAUAAGGUUCAGGGGAAGCCAGAACUGCUACAGAAACAUUGGCUUCAUAGGGAGUGGAGGAGACCACAGCCACCCAGAUGGAAUGUGCCUCUUGUAAAAGUGCACCCACAAAUACUGUAUUAGGGACUGCAGACUGGUGUGUGCAUCAGUUGGUGGACCUCCAGGUAUAGUUAUCUUGUGGAGCUUAUGUUGUUGUCAUUGGAGAUAAUGGGAAGGUUUUUUGAAUUCCUGUAGCCUCUCAGUGAUGUUCACCUCAAGACCAUGGCUGCACAGGCAGGAAAACAGAUCAAGAAAAGGGGGAUCUAUAGUCCAGGGAUGUGGCUUUUGUGACCCACCCAGCAGUCCUUUUGACUGGUGAAAAGCCCUUCAUUGAUCGCUAUAUUUACUUUCACUGAGCAAAACUGGCCUCCACAGGGCGCGAAUGUGCGGUGAAUGUAGGGUUGCAAAACCUAUUUUCCAGAAAGGGUUGGACAAACAGAUUUUUGAUUUUGAAUCAUUUUGAGAAGCUUUAUUAAGGUGUAAUUUACAUGUAAUAAACUGUACAUACUGGAAAUGUCAUCCUCGCUAAGUUUUGACAUAUUUGUGAACCUGGAACAUCAUAGUCAUGAUAGUGAUCUUAUGUGUCAUUGUAUAUUGACCUCAUGUCUUUUAAUCAUCUCUCUAACUGCCUUCCCAGCCCUCCAAGUCACCAUUGAUUUACUCUCCAGUACAAUAGAAAAUUUAUUUUCUAUAAUUUAUAUAGUAGGAGUCAAAGGUUUUUUUUCCUACUUUUAUGUUGCAUAAAUAAUUAUAGAUUCAUCAGUGGUAUGUAAGUUGCUCAUUUUUUGUUUUUUAGCUCAGAAACAUUCUUAUCUCUGAGGAUAGCAGUAUUAGUUUACCCAUUAUUUUGUUUGCAGACAUUUGGGUAUUUCUAAUUUUUGCCUAUGGAAAAAACGAUAAAAACAUUUGUGUGUAAUUAUAUGGAUAUGUGUUUCACUUACCUUCUGUCAGUAACUCAGUAGAAAGUCUGAGUCAUAGGGUAGAUAAAUGUUUAACUUAAAGGAAUUAGUAAAUUGUUUUCUAAAUAUACCUUUUUGCAUUCUUCCAGCAGUGUGUGGGAGUUGCAUUUCCUCCACAUCCAAGUGAAUGGUUUGGUUCGGUCAGUCGUUCUUAAUUUUAACUCUUUUUAUAAGUGUGUAGUGCCGUCUUAGUGUUUUAACUGCAUUUCCCUAAGGAGUCCUGAUGAACAUUUUUUUUCAGAUACGCAUUUGCUAUCUAUAUUUUUGCUAAAAUGUCUGUUCAUAUCUUCUGCCUAUUCUGUGAAUUUUGGUUGUUCUCCUUUUACAAAAGGAUAUGAAACCACAAAGAUACAUGUUGGAAUUUGACUCAUGUUGUGGCUUUUUUACUUUGUGGAAUCAUUUUUAAUACUGGAAGUAUAUGUUCUCUUUUUUUAGUUUUUUUUUAUGCUAUGCAUAAUGUAAUGGACACAUACACACUUUUAAUUUUAAUCUACACUAUUGACAUCUUCUUUGCUUUCUAAAGUCCAGACAUUUAAUAAUAAAAUAAAUCCUUACAUUGUA